GCUAUCGUCUUUUUCUGACUUUGUUUUAGACUUUUGGCUUGUAGGCUGGAACGUCAAAGGCAAAAAUGGCAGCCUCCUUGGAAAGUAUCCCGAAAGAUCUGCGGAAUCUCAGAGCCUGUCUUUUGUGUUCAAUGAUCAAGACGUUCGAGCAGUUUGAAUUCGACGGAUGUGACAACUGUGAUGAAUACCUUCACAUGAAGAACAACAGGGACAUGGUGUAUGACUGCACAAGCUCAAACUUCGACGGCAUGAUCGCUCUGAUGAACCCUGAGGACAGCUGGGUGGCCAAGUGGCAGAGAAUCAGCCGCAAGGCCAAGGGAAUCUACGCCAUCUCAGUGUCGGGCCGACUUCCCAUGGCUACGGUGCGUGAGCUGAAGAGCCGGGGCAUCACCUACAAGUCACGUGACACCAGCACGGUCUGAUUUCCCUGACGAGGGAACAACCAAGACCAGCCAGCUGCGGCGUCUCCUUCGCGCGUCGUCUCUUCGCCCUCAGCCGCGAGUUCUUUUGCUGUAAAUAAAAGUGUGCAUAUCAA